CAAACUCCUACUAUCCCAGUGGUCUAUAAACACCAAUAUGUCUGCUUAUCUCGUUAAUAGACAGUUUGAAGAUACAUUAGAAUGCAGUAUUGGGUACCAUGAGGACGAUAUCGACACGCUAAGAUAACGCGACCUUCGGAUCACGGUUUUCGCGCUCUCAGUCGCACGCUAGUUUCGGUCCAAGAAACACUAACUUUAUAGACUUAAAUAGUGUUUUUAAUAUAGUAUUUAAUACUAGUGUUAAUUAUCUUGUUGAAUAAUGACAAGUGCCAUUAUAGAGUAAACGUCAUCUGUUUUAAAAUAGAUGAAUUUUAAGUUGUGUUUUUGUUUAUCGUAAUUGUAAACAAUAGUUUUUUAUACCUAUGCCUGUGAUAUAUGAAAACAGUGAUAAAAAUAUGAAGUUAAGAUUAUAUUAAGGAAAAUAUCUAAUGUACAAUAAUUAUUCCGUAAAUUGCAAGAAAUAUCAAGUGAAAUUAAAAUUAAGGAAAUAAAAGUUGAUAAAAUCUCGUUCCUGAUUAGUAUAUAAACAUGGCGUAUCCAAAAAAUAGUUCCGACAUAAAACACAAUAUAGACGAUAUAGAAAUGAUUGGUAUUAAGAAAAUAGAAGGAAAAUAUAGUUACGAAGAUGCCUUGGAAAUUACCGGUCACGGCAAAUACAACUACGGUCUGCUCCUCACCUGCUUCAUGGUGAUCAUCGCCAUGGGUAUCGACAUCUUCGGCCUGGGCAUAAUCGUGACGGCCUCCACGUGCGACCUGAACCUCACCCUCACUCAGAUCGGGAUACUCUCUUCUAUGUCCUUUGCUGGCAUAAUAGUGAUGUCGUAUCCGUGGGGCUACUUGUCGGACACCCGGGGCCGCAAGCUGGUGCUCAUGUGGGCUAUGGGAGGCUCCUUCAUCAGCUCUGCCAUCAGCAGCCUGUCCCCGACCUGGCAGGUGCUGGCGGCUCUGAGGUUCAUCAGCUCAGCUUUGUCGAGUGCGGCUGAGUCGGCGACGUACGCGCUGAUCGGCGAGUGCUGCGGCACCAGGGUCCGCGCCAAGUACAUGCUACUCAUCACCAGCGCACUCAUGAUCACCCCCACCUUGUAUUAUAUAACCGCCUACCUUAUAAUGAAGUUGGACUUUACGAUAUAUCUGCUGGGCAUCGUGUACCGUCCGUGGCGUCUCCUGACCCUCAUUAUGGCGCUCCCGCUGGGCAUCAGCGCGCUGCUGCUCUGGUAUUUUAGCGAGAGCCCCAAAUUCCUGGCCAACGUGGGCCGCGGAGACGAUGCUGUCAAGGUGCUCAAGAGGAUGUACGUGGUCAAUGGAAAUGAUGCGGAUAAGUUCCCUGUGAAGGAGGUGUACCUGGAGGACGGCAAUGAAGAGGCAGUAGGAGUGUUUUCCCUCCGCUCUCUGUGGGUGCAGAUAGCUCCUCUGUUCAAGCCGCCGCUGUUGGGGAAGACCGUCUUACUGUACUACCUGACCUUCGUCACAUACAUUGCCAACAACAGCUACGCCAUCAUCCUGCCGACAAUCUUCAACAUCUUCUUCACGUCGUACGCCACCAGCGCCGCCGGCGCCUCCUUCUGCGACCUGUUCCGCCUCACCAACACCACGUACGGCGAGGUCACGCCGGUCGCGCCCAUCACGCCGGAGGUAUCUGCGUGUAAGAACACCAUAGAAGACAACACGAUCUGGGCUGGCUGUGCUCACGGGAUGUCGUUCUUUAUUCUCAAUGCUCUCAUCUCGCAAUGUGCCGGCAAGAGAAAGCCCCUGACUAUAGUAAUCCUGCUCAUAGCAGCGGCAGCGGGCGCGGCAAUCAAUAACACUGGUGACGCCAUCUCCGGCCUCAUCCUCUUCUACAUCUUCCUCACCACCGCCAUGGUCUUCGGAGUUAUCUCUUCGUACUUCGUGGACCUCUACCCUACGUCUUACAGGGGCAUGAUAGCCUGCCUGGGCAUGAUGGUGGCGCGGCUGAGCGCGUUCGCCGGCACCAACCUGGUGAGCGGCGCCAUGACGGACAACUGCUCCGUAGCGCUCUACUCCGGAGCUGGGGUCGUGCUUAGUGGCGCGGUCGCUGCUAUCUUUUUACCUUCAGACAGCAGAAUACACUCGUCAUAAUUAAUUUAUUUGUACAUAUUAAGUGUUUAGGUGUUAAUUAAAUAAUAUUAUACAAUUUA